CCCUGCGCACACCGACCGCAUGCGAAUGCGUUCAUCGAACGGUUAUUACUCAUUUUCACCCUACAUCAUGGCGCGCAUCGCCACAACCCACCACGAACCCACCUCACGGUUCUUAUGCCAGUCGUUUCUCCGUCUCUUCCCGCACAAACCCCCGGGGCAGCGAAUCCGGCCCUUUCCGCCAAUUUCCCAGUACGCCGGUUACGUGUUAACCCUCUUAUUCUUCGUCGCUUCAUUCUUGGAUGUCGUGGACCUCGCGCUCUCUUACCAGAACGGCCGCGAUCCGGCGUACCAGAAGGUCAACGUCCUCGUGGUGAUGAUCGGGUACUCCACCAGUACCAUCGCGUUCCUCCACGCCGGGUUGUCAGGAUUAUACACCGCGGUGAGUGUCGACCGCAUUGAACGGUGUCUCUCGGUGGCGCGGAGUACCAUGAAGAGCCUGGGGGUCCGCCAGGAACCCCACCGCGUCCGUUGGACGGUGGCCGGGCUAGUCGCAGCCACCUGCAUCCUGCCGGCGGUCUUCGUGGUCCUGGACCGGAACUUUACACUGAUCAUGACGGUGAACUACGCGUUCUGGACGAUGGUCCGCUGGAAGUUCAUCAUCCACGUGUACACCAGCCUUUCCAUCGCCCGGAUCGUCAGUAUCCACUUAAUUCUCCUCCAGUACGAUCUGUGCAGUGUUGUUCAUCGCUGCAGUCAGGUUCUCGUCGCCAGCGUGCGGGUGCUCAACAACCAGACACCGGCGAAACCGGAGAAGUAUGUACAGCAGUUGAAGGAGCUGAGAUAUCAGCAUAAACUCGUGGCGGAGCUGGUGCGGACGGUGCAGGCGACGUUCGGGGGGAAGCUGGUGAUGGAUGUGUUGGUGGGGUUGAUGGAGGUGUUGGUGGCGGUGUGCUGGUAUUGUAUGUGGAUGGCUAUACCAACAGCAGGGAAUCGGUAUAAAGCCACGCGGAUCGCCAUGACGUUGUUAGCGGGGUUGUUGCAGUUGGGGCUGGUAAUGAGCCAGGCGGUGAAGCUCAGCCAGACGGGAGAAGAAUUUGAAGGUCUGUUACAGCAGCUGGGACAGAAUCGUUGUCAGCAAAUAGCCCAUGAGCAUGAUUUAUCGACGGAGGAAGCCGAUUUAUACCAGGCUUUCAUGAUGAAUGUCGAGCAGCACAAACUGCAGUUGACGGCCGGAUAUUUAAUGGAACUCGAUCGACGGUCCGUGUUUUCGAUGAUAGUGUCGAUGGCGGGAUUCCUCUGCUUUGUCAUCGAACGGGUGGACCGCGCGAUGGUCGACUAUCGAACCUGAUACCGUUAUUAAAAUUAUUUGUUUCUUACCGCAAAGGUCACCGUCCCUGGAACUUGAAAUAAAUAACCAACUCACAACUGUGAAUGCUGAGUUUUUUGUUUUGGUGUGAAAAGGAGAAAUCAUACGGUGUUCUUCUGUACUGGCGUUUUGAAUGUGUUGUGACAUAU